UGCAUGAUGUCAUUCAUCCACACACACUCACACACGCAGCACGUAGUGGACCCGCCUGUUUACACUAGCUCAGAUAAGAGUGAGGUGACAUCACUUACCGUGACUGUGAUUAUAUUUGUACAAAAUAUUUUAUGGAUAAUAUGGCCAACAACAGGGCAGCGAAGUCUGGAUUUGCCGCGGAAGCACAGAGAAAGAUUAACAGCAAAUACAGCGAGGAGCUGGCCGAGGAAUGCCUGGAAUGGAUAAACCAGAUCAUCGGCGAACCGGCCAACACGUCCGGUGACAUGGACAACUUCUAUGAAGUCCUGAAAGACGGCACUCUUCUCUGCAAGCUCGCCAACGGCCUUCAACCCGGCACAGUUAAGAAGAUCAACGAAUCCAAAAUGGCGUUCAAAUGCAUGGAGAACAUAAACGCAUUCCUCGAAGCGGCGAAACAGUUCGGCGUGCCAGCGCAGGAGACCUUCCAAACUGUUGACCUGUGGGAGCGACAGAACUUAAACUCCGUGGUUAUCUGCCUACAGUCCCUCGGCAGGAAGGCGCACCACUUCGGCAAGCCGUCGAUUGGUCCCAAAGAGGCUGAGAAGAACGUGCGGAACUUCACAGAGGAGCAGCUCAGAGCGGGCCAAGGCGUCAUCUCCCUACAGUACGGCUCCAACAAGGGCGCCACACAGAGCGGAAUUAACUUCGGCAACACAAGACACAUGUAAAUAGCUUAAGAGGUAUUAAUAUAGAGAGCAAAGCGUGAGUGUGACGUUAUGGUAUCAGUUGAGUUUUAAUUUUUUCUUAAUGCAAUAUUAACGGCAUUUUACGUAAAGAUUUAUAUGAUUGAACGAUCGGUUUGGUCGCCACACCACAAGAUCACAAUCCACAACAUAGUGCCAUAGUUUUUACUUAAAAUUGCCUUUUGCCUUGCUUUGCCUUGCUACGGUAUGAGGCUGAAUGCUCUUUGCAAUUUAAAGUUACUUUUCUCUGUCCUCCAACUUACUGGAAAUAUAUUAUGGACUCAUGUAUUGACGGGCGCCGCUGUUAACACAAUUGCCUUUGAACAUUUGCGCGGAUGCAUAUUAGUCGACCUAACGACAGGAUUUUUAAUCUUCCUACAGAAAUGCAAUAGGCUAAAAUUGUACAAUAUCUACUAUCAAAAUCUUUAUAUUAUGUAAAAGAAAAAAGAUACAAUCAAGGAAAGGUUCGAUUUUCAGCAUGUCUUAUGUGCUAAAAUACAGUACUGGGUACGAUAUGCAAAUAUCUACUGUCUAUAAAAAAUAAGGAGUAUUUUUGAUAGACAGUAGAUAUUGUGUUAAACGUCUGUUGCAUUGCUGUCGCAAGAACAAAAUCACCCUUCGGAUUAAGCUUAGAACAAACCUACGCGUCAGUGACGGAGCUUCAAGUUGCGUCAA